AUGUCUGAAUAUUUCGGCGGAGUGCAAGCACUCUCCGGUGGCCUCGCCAACCAAGAACAGCUCCGUCGAAACGCAAUAAGAAAAUUGGAAGCAGAGGGCAAGAUUGAGAAGGGUUCUUGGGAGAGGGAAAUGGCAUCGAUAGAUCACGAUGGCGUGGCCACGAAGAAGAAAGAGGUGAGCAAAGCCGAGGAGACAGGGAAAGAAUAUCUGGGUGGUACGAAUGCUGGUGGACGGACUAGCACUACGGUGUAUGAGGCACCAUCGACAUAUGAAUCCAAGGAAGAGGGCUCCACUGGAGAUGGAGAGGCAUCGACAGGUGUGAAAGGUGCUGUGCGCAAGCUGUUUAAGAAAUGA